AGGGCAGGGACACUAGAGAUGCGCAACGGCAGUAGCAGCACAGUUUAUUUGGAGACACAGGUUGAGAUCAUUCAGCACUCCGACAGCACUGACCGUGUGAACGGAUUGGUUGUGGGAUACAAAUCGCCGAGCUCCAUCCUCCCCGAAAUAAACGAUGGACAUCAUCUUCGACCCCCAGAGAAGCCACGAAAGCGUGAAACCGGAGAUGGUGCGCACCGCGUUCAAAAUUCUGGAGCUUUAGUGAAAAGGGCUGUGACUGCAGGUGUGUGCGCGUUGGGUUCGCCGUUACCUCCGGACUGCACUCAUCAACUUCCCCCGCUUUCCAUCAAGUCAUGUCUGAUACAGAGCGAUGGGCAAGUUUGACGACAACGAGAGGAUAAUCCUCAACGUCGGGGGCACCAGGCACGAAACCUACAAAACCACCCUGAAGACCCUGCCGGGGACGCGACUGGCCCUGCUCGCUUCCGACUCGGACAUCGACUCCGUGCUGGAUCAGCUGCAACAAGUCCCCGGCUUCAUCGAGUACAACGCACGGACCAACGAGUACUUCUUCGACCGCCACCCGGGGGUUUUCGCCUAUGUGCUCAAUUACUAUCGGACCGGGAAGCUCCACUGCCCAGCGGAUGUGUGCGGACCACUGUUCGAGGAGGAGCUCUCCUUCUGGGGCAUCGAUGAGACGGACGUGGAGCCUUGCUGCUGGAUGACAUACCGGCAGCACCGGGACGCAGAGGAGGCUCUGGACGUGUUCGAGCUCAACGUGGACAACGGUGACGAGGACGACGAGAUAGGGAUUUGUGGGUGCGCCGGCGAUGGUAAUAUCAGCCUGUGGAGGAAGUGGCAGCCGGUGAUCUGGAAUCUAUUCGAGGAUCCCUACUCUUCUAGGGCGGCGAGGUUUAUUGCCUUUGCAUCUUUGUUCUUCAUCUUGGUCUCCAUCACCACUUUCUGCUUGGAGACUCAUGAAGCUUUCAACACAGUCAUCAACAAGACUGAGCUGAUGCGGAACAGCAGCGUGCCGGACUCAGGGCCUCAGUACGAGAUUGAAACUGACCCUGCGCUCACAUAUGUGGAAGGGGUUUGCGUCUUCUGGUUCACCAUUGAGUUCCUGGUGCGUGUGACCUUCUGCCCAGUCAAGUUGGAGUUUGUUAAGAGUGUGCUCAACAUCAUUGACUUUGUGGCUAUCCUGCCUUUCUACUUGGAGGUAGGGCUGAGUGGCCUUUCUUCAAAGGCUGCCAAAGAUGUGUUGGGUUUCCUCAGGGUGGUGCGCUUUGUUCGUAUUCUGCGUAUCUUCAAACUAACACGUCAUUUCGUGGGGCUAAGGGUGUUGGGCCACACAUUAAGGGCCAGCACCAAUGAACUCCUGCUGCUCAUCAUCUUCCUAGCGUUGGGAGUAUUAAUUUUUGCCACCAUGAUUUAUUACGCCGAACGAAUCGGUGCCAAACCUGGUGACCCCACUGCUAGCGACCACACCAAGUUUAAGAACAUCCCCAUUGGCUUCUGGUGGGCUGUGGUAACCAUGACUACACUGGGCUAUGGUGACAUGUAUCCAGAGACCUGGUCAGGCAUGGUGGUGGGUGCCUUAUGUGCUUUAGCUGGUGUGCUGACGAUAGCCAUGCCUGUGCCAGUUAUCGUUAAUAACUUUGGGAUGUACUACUCCCUGGCCAUGGCCAAGCAGAAGUUGCCCAAGAAGAGGAAGAAACACAUCCCUCAGGUACAGGGAGGGUCCCCCACCUACUGCAAACCUGAUCUCAACACGACCUGCAACAGCACACAAGCUGACCUGUGCCACGUCAAAGGGAGCAGGGUACUAGAACGGAACCGCUCAGUUCUGUCAGCGGACUGCAGUGGAGGCAGUGAUCUGACCAUGUCUCCAGAGGAGAGGGUCCCCAUGCGAAGGUCCAGCACGAGGGAACAGGAUCGCUGCAGCGGGGGGACAUGCUUCCUGCUUGCUGCUAGUGACUACACCUGCCCUGCAGAUGGAGGCAUACGAAAAACAGGCUAUGAGAAAUCCCGGAGUUUAAACAACAUAGCGGGCAUGACUGGUAAUGCCCUCAGGUUGUCUCCUGUGACCUCGCCCUACGGAUCUCCAUGCCCGCUGCGUCGCUCUCGCUCCCCUAUCCCUUCCAUCUUGUGAGAUGUCCAACCCAGGGUCACUUUGGCCUAAGGCACCCCACAUCCUACCCCUAAACAAACCAACUGUCUUUGGUAUUAUAUCUGAACUCUGUUCUAGAUAUUGUAACUAAUGUAUAAGUACUUAACUUUGUAGCUAAGAUUAAUGUUAAUAAUUUAGGCCACAUCAGCAACUUCUCACUUUCCCAUUUUCCUUGAGAAUACAUGUGUUUAGCUAAAAUCCUUAAGUAACUAGUUAGUUCUCCUGUGUCACAUGGACUUCCCUUUAGUUCAGUAUUGUCGUAUUUGAAACGCAAUAAAAAACUGACUGGUGGCUUCAGAAGUAGCAGCCAUAACAUUUAAUAAAGGACAUAUUAAUAAUCAGGGAUAUUAUAUGUUGCUAUAUUUAGACACCUUGAAAAAGAUGUGCUUCCACAAAAAGAGAGAUGUCACUUCAUUUUAACCUCAUACAACUGUGACUAUGUCUUUGUAAUGCUCCUUUAUUUUUGGGAUGGUGAUGGGAGGGAUGGGUGUCAGGGAUGGAGGAGUCAUCUUUCAGGACUGUGUUGUGACUCACACAAGCACACAUCUGUCAGUCUUCACCUGCUGCUGGCCUAGCUCAUGAUUUUGCAUGGAUCAUCCUGUAACCAUUGUCUUCAAGCAAUGUGGCAAGGGGAGAAGGAAUAAACAGAAAGUGAGGACACCUUAAAGCUACACACACAUAUAUACACACACACCUAUGUGUGUAUGUGUGUAUGUGUAUACAUAUAUAAAUAUAGAUAUAGAGAGAUACAGUAUAUAGAUUGAUACAUAAAUAUAAUACAGGUGGGUGACAAGUU